AAGAAAGUAAAAAUGGCUAGCUUAAGUAUUUUACACCUGAAUGACGACUGCCUGCGGCACAUAUUGAAGUAUCUAGGACUCAAGGAUCUAUUGAAUCUUGCGGAGAGCUUCACGAGGAUUCAACAGCUUUUGUUGGACUGGUCGCCUGCGCCUUAUCCAGUAUUCCAUGGGAACGAUCCCGAAGGGAGUAAAUCAGUAUUAUAUUACUCAAAGGCUGCCAUUAAACUCUUUACAAUUGUGGAUAAUAAUGUGAAGACACUCGGGAUUAUCCAAGGCCAUAGUCCUGAUGAAGAGCAUCUGGGAAACAUGGUGAAGGAUUACCGAAUUAUUACCAAAACGAAAAACAAAAUCGAUUUUAGACAUUGCCUGGGAGAAAAACCAAAGCUCGAAGAUAUGUUUCGAUUUUCUUCUCAUACUGCGGACUAUUUAAGUUUGAAUGUGCCGUCUUGUAUUUGUUAUCUUGAGGAGUUCUUUCAACUUAUUCCCGAUUUGAGGGAACUAAGACUUUCAGGAUUCGCCAAGUGCACUAAUUGUGUUCGAACUAUUUUGAAAUGUUUUCCCAGAUUACAACAGCUCUGGAUCCGUGGAACCUGUCUCAAACUCCGAUCUGAUUACGAAUUAAUAUCGCAAAUAAGCUCUCUGACGAAACUUUCCUUGAACAUUGGUGGAUCCAAUUGCCUAGCACCUUUGGCCAAAUUGACCGAACUUCGAUCUCUAUAUGUCGAGAGUAUAUUCAGCCACAUAUCACCUGCUGAAAUCAUAGAAAUCAUACAGAACUGUAAAAAAUUGGAAUUUCUAUACUGCUACUACAUUAAUCAUGGACAACGGCCUCAUGGCUCCAUAGCAAAUCUGUUCAGAAUGAUAAAGUCUAUUCGGGAUCCUAGCAAGCAGAAUCCCCUUCAAUUCCAUACAUAUUUGGAUCCACCGUUGUCUGAGGAAAAUAAAAAGCUCAUUGAUAAUGCCUACUUCGUAUAUCGUCGACAACCUUGAUUACCCACCUCAAUUAAUAUAGACUAGAAAGAAUGUUACUCAAUGAUUUAUAUAUUUUCAUGACUUUUCGCUCAUAUAGAUUUAAAUACGCUUUAAUACGCUCUGGUUUUCAAUUUAGCUGAUUUACAAUCGUCGUCGUCAUCAGACUACAUUAAAAUGUAUGUAUCGUUAGGUAAAUAAUUUAAAUAUUAAUAACAUCUUGCUUUUGCACGUGUAUUUGCUCUGCCCGUCAUUUACUUAAUAUAUCUCAUUUAUUUUUAUUUCAAGUUCAAUUCGUUUGCUGCUGGCGUAAAUGUUUUUGAAAAAAAUAAUAACAAUAUUAUAUAAACUGAAACUGGAUUUAGGGGGCUUGUAUAUGAAAUAAAUAUUUACAAAAGUUACUAUUAAAAUUAUGCAGUGGCGGAAUGUGGCCGGUGCUCACCAAAAAACCGUGUAGAUAAUCCUAAAUGAAUUGCUUACAAAAUUUUUGGAUGCCUCAAGCAUUUGUUAAUACGUACACAUAUUUCUAAAAAUGUUUAACUAUAUUACUUCGAGUUCUUGGCUUUAACAUUAGUUAUCGAAUAGUGUUUUGCUGUGUUUUUCCUUCUUUUUGUUUUUUGGUUUAGUUCUGUUUGUGUCAAUGCUUGUGUUCUUAUCAAUUCGAAAAGCGGACGAUGAGACAUUUUAUUAUCGUCUCGUAAUAAAAUUUGUGUGUUUUUCUUACAGUGUGAUGCUUGUGGGUGUGGGCGUGUGGUCGUGUGGUUGUGUGUAUCUGUGAGAGGUGUUGACUGUGUGAGUGAGUGAGUGAGUUCGUAUUCCCUUUACUGAUAUGUUUCUAAGAGGCUAACUCGCAUCCUGGCUCAUCGCUGGCCGAGCAGAGGCAACUAAACAGGACAAAACC